AUGGUUGUCCACAUACGUAACUUCACCACAGACCCCUCCCUCUCCAUCCUCGGCACCACCACCUCCACCCUGCGGGACAUCCCGACCCCCGGCGGGCUGAGCCGGACCGGCCACACGGUGGUGGCCGUCUGCCUCGGGUUCAUCUUAGUUGCCGGGACUCUCACCAACUUGUGCGCUGUCCUCAUCUUCGCCAAGUUUCGCUCCCUGUGGACCCCCAUCAACCUGAUCCUGCUCAACAUCAGCCUUAGUGACAUCCUCGUCUGCAUCUUCGGGACGCCCUUCAGCUUCGCCGCCAGUGUCCACGGCCGCUGGCUCAUAGGAGAACACGGCUGCAAGUGGUACGGAUUCGCCAACUCCCUGUUCGGGAUCGUGUCCCUGGUCUCCUUGGCGAUCCUCUCCUAUGAGCGUUACGCUGCCGUCAUGCAUUUGUCCCAGGUUGACAUCUCAGACUUCAGGAAGGCUCGUUUCUGUAUUGGAGGUUCCUGGCUCUACUCCCUCAUCUGGACCGUACCUCCAUUCCUGGGCUGGAGCAGCUACGGACCCGAAGGACCCGGAACCACAUGUUCGGUCCAAUGGCACCUGCAAACGGCCACCAGCGUAUCAUACGUCCUGUGUCUUUUUGUCUUCUGUCUGCUGCUGCCUCUUCUAGUCAUGGUCUAUUCUUAUGGUCGAAUCCUGGUUGCGAUCAAGAGGGUGGGUAAGAUCAACCUCCUGGCAGCUCAGCGCAGAGAGCAGCACAUUUUAGUGAUGGUUUUGACAAUGGUGUCCUUCUACAUGCUGUGCUGGAUGCCCUAUGGUAUCAUGGCCCUCGUUGCAACCUUUGGUCGCUCAGGACUCGUGACGCCCAUGGUCAGUGUGGUGCCCUCGGUCCUGGCUAAAUUCAGCACCGUCGUCAACCCCGUCCUCUACGUGUUCUUUAAUAACCAGUUUUAUCGAUGCUUCGUGGCCUUCAUGAAGUGUCAGGGUGAACCCUUCUCUGUUCCAGAAGAACCUCCAACUCCAAAGACUCAUUUGUCCAUCACCUCCCCAGUCCAAAGACAGACAUCGCUCAGCUCUUCACAUCCUCCAAUCCCCAGCGCCUCCAAAAACACAGUUAUUAACAGCUGCCACAAUGACCGCCACACCCUCAUUGUUCACUACACUUCAUAACACUUCAUUUUUUCAAGGACUGUUAAAAACUUUUUUCUCGUGUAACGUCCAGGAUCCAAAACAGAGGAAAAAGUCACAUGUUGGCCUUCUACGCUGAAUAGUAUUGUCAGCUUUUUAAAACCCAAAUACUCAAGUUUACUGCAGCAUGUAAAUUGCUUGUGUUGACAUAAUGAAAUGUAUGUACA